GCCGUCGAAAUCCGAAACCCCCACUGCUUCCAGAUUCGCGGUGCUUUUAGAGGAAACACAAAUAGACUUCAGCUACUGCCCAUCGGAGAGCGAACAAGAGGCCAUUGGAGUUUUUUGGAGCUAGGUUGAGGCUUUUGAAACACAUGACCCACGGCUGCUGAAGCACGAGAACAGAAACAAGUUUGAACUAAGCUAAGGAACAAGAAGGGAACUGCUUGAAUUUGACUGGGGAUUCAAGCCUUCUUUCUUUAUAUCAAUGGCUUAUGCACGAAGCCUCUCCACUAGAGCAACCAUUAUUGCUCGAAGAUGCCAGCCAUGUUUUGCCUACAUUCUGCAUGAUGAUAACCGAAAACAUCAAUCGGCAGACAGGUUUCAAUCUCAACUGGGGAGUUGUGUUCAACACAGGUCUUUUGGAACUGGUUAUUCCAAUGCAACUGGGAAUGGUGCACUUUUCCUAGAGCAGAGAUGUUCUAAUUUUUCUUUUUUGCUGAGCAAUGGUUACUUUUCAUGUCGUUAUAUGUCAACUACUGCUGGUGAUGGGUCAGAUAAGGUUGAGCUGAUGAGUGAUGUUGCAGAGGUUCUUAGUGAUACUACAAUGGAGGUAGUGGCUUCUCAGGCCCCUGUGGUGAAUGAGGUUGCCAUUGCUGCUGCUGAUUCUUGGUUACCUGUUGCAAUGUUACAGCAUUUUAUUGAUACGGUGCAUUCUUUUACUGGCUUGAACUGGUGGGCUUCAAUAGUUGUAACAACUCUUUUGAUUCGAGGAGCAACCUUUCCACUUUUAAUAAAUCAGCUGAAAUCAACUGCAAAACUGACACUAAUGAGGCCACGCAUGGAGGAGGUCAAACAGAAGAUGGAAGAAAAGGGCAUGGAUCCAACAGCUGUGGCUGAAGGUCAAAAAGAAAUGAAAAAGAUUUUCCAGGAAUAUGGUGUGACUCCAUUUACCCCAUUGAAAGGCCUCUUUAUUCAAGGGCCUAUCUUCAUCAGUUUUUUCCUUGCUAUUUCAAACAUGGCUGAAAAAGUUCCAUCAUUUAAAACUGGUGGAGCAUAUUGGUUCACAGAUCUCACAACUCCCGACAGUUUGUAUAUAUUGCCAAUUGCAACAGGACUGACUUUCUUAAUCACAGUAGAGUGCAACAUGCAAGAAGGUAUGGAAGGAAAUCCUGCAGCUGGCACCAUGAAACAAUUUUCUAGGGUCCUUGCUGUUCUGACAGUUCCAUUUACAAGUACUUUCCCAAAGGCUAUAUUUUGUUAUUGGAUCACGUCAAAUUUGUUUUCACUUGGCUAUGGACUAGUGCUUAAAGUUCCGGGAGUAAAGAAGGCUUUAGGUGUUCCUGAUAUACCUGUGCCGCCACCAAAUGCCCAGCCACAGCCUUCUUUCAAUCUUUUCUCUGCAAUAAAAAAUGCCCAGACGGCCAAACCUGAGCCUACCUCGUUACCUAUCGAAUCACCAAAAAUUUCGAACCAAAGAAUAUCUUCUUCUUCAGUAGUCAGUCAGAGACUUAGAAGUUUAGAGAAGCAAGUAAAAGGAAGGAAGAAGAACAAGAAGAUGUGAGCCAGUUUUCCACUUGGAACUUUAAAUUAUCGUGAAUUUGCAGGGAUCAGGUUAAGGAUAGUCAUAGUAUAUAAAUUAUAAUGGCUAAUGUUUACGAAGGCUAAAAUUUAUAUAUACUAUAUUUGUAAUAUUUUUGUUAAGCAGGGAAUUUGGCCUGCAGAAAGGGAGUUAGAAAUUAUUGGGAAACAUUUCUUAAUUACUCUAUUUAAUAAAAAAAUCAUUACCAU